UUCCUUUCUCUCCCUCCAUGCCACACCAACACAUUCCACUAACAGAAGUGAAUCAUCAUGAAAAGCAAAUUCAACUAUCAAAACCUUCCCCACCUUAAAUUUACUACUACUCUCCACAUAGUAAAACAUUUCCCAGUCACUUCCACAACCACCACCCGGAAACCAUGACCCUUUUACCCAUAUUCCUCCACGUAGCAUUUACCCUUCUCUCCACCGCCGCCGCCGCGACUCCGCCCUCGGACCUCCUAUGCCUCCUCUCUAUAAAGUCCUCCUUCCAAGACCCCCUCAACACAUUCCGCGACUGGGAUCCCGCCACGGCGUGGUGCUCGUGGCCCGGCGUCGGCUGCGACAGCCGCACCCACCGCGUCACCACGCUGGAUCUCUCCGGCCGCAACCUUUCCGGUGCCAUAGCUCCCGACAUCAAACAUCUGCUCCAUCUGCAUUACCUGAAUCUCAGCCGGAAUUCCUUGAACGGCCCUCUCCAAACCACCAUCUUCGACCUCCCAAACCUCACUACACUCGACAUUAAGUACAACUUCUUUAACUCGAGUUUCCCACCUGGAAUAUCGAUGCUCACCUCCCUCACGAAGCUGGACGCCUUCAGCAACAGCUUCUCCGGCCCUCUGCCGGAGGAGCUCGCCGCUCUCGGCAGCCUCGAGUACCUCAACCUCGGCGGCAGCUACUUCUCUGGCGAGAUUCCUCCGAGCUACGGCGGAUUCGCGCGGCUCAAAUUCCUCUACCUGCAUGGGAACUCAUUAUCUGGCCGAAUCCCUAAUGAGCUAGGGCUCCUUAAGCAGCUCCAGCAUUUGGAAUUAGGGUACAACACAUACGCCGGCGGAGUUCCGGCGCAGCUCUCGAGCUUAUCUGGUUUGGUGUAUCUGGACAUUUCCUCCGCCAAUCUCUCAGGCGAUCUCCCGCCGGAGCUCGGGAGAUUGGCGAAGCUAGAGAUGCUGUUUCUCUUCAAGAACAACCUCUCCGGCUCGAUCCCGGCGGCCUGGGGUCAGCUGCAGUCAUUGCGGGAGCUAGAUUUAUCCUCCAACACUCUCUCCGGCGAAAUCCCACCCGAUUUCUCAGCACUCAAAGCCCUAACCAGAUUAUCCUUGAUGAACAACAAUUUAACCGGCGAAAUUCCGCAAGGAAUCGCCGAGCUUCCCGAUUUAAAAAUCUUGUCUCUAUGGAACAAUUCGCUUUCAGGAAUUUUACCACAGAGUUUAGGUUACCAUUCGCGAUUGGAAUGGCUCGACGUCUCCUCGAACUCGCUCGCCGGCGCGAUCCCUCCCAAGCUCUGCCGCGGCGGCGCGCUGGCGAAGCUGCUGCUGUUUUCGAACCGAUUUGUUGGGGAGAUUCCUUCGUCUUUAGCGAAAUGCGAGGCGUUAUACCGUGUGAGAAUCCAAGGCAACUGCCUCAACGGCUCCAUACCUUUCGGAUUCGGCUCCCUGCCUAACCUCACCUAUUUGGAGCUCAGCAACAACAGCUUGUCUUCUCCGAUUCCCAAAGAUAUCGGAAACGCACCGCGAUUGCAGCUCUUGGAUAUAUCGGGAAAUUCGUUCCAUUCCGAGCUGCCGGAAAACAUCUGGGAAUCUCCGAGUUUGCAGAUUUUGAGAGCAGGUUCGUCUAAUCUCAACGGCAAAAUCCCCGACUUCAUCGGCUGCGCGAGCGUUUACAGGAUCGAGCUGAAUCGGAACAAUCUGACCGGCGAAAUUCCGCCGGGAAUCGGCCGUUGUAAGAAGCUGAUCAGUUUGGAUUUGAGCGGGAAUGCUCUGACGGGAACGAUUCCGUCAGAGAUAUCAACGCUCCCCACCAUCACAGACGUAGAUUUAUCGAAUAAUUUGUUGAUAGGGACGAUUCCUCCGAGUUUCAGCAACUGCAGCACUCUCUUGGAUUUCAAUGUCUCGUACAAUAAGCUGAGCGGCGCCGUGCCGUCGUCGGGCUUGGUCUUCCCGAGCCUGCACCCGUCCGCCUUCGCCGGGAACGAAGGCUUAUGCGGCGAAGAGCUGAAGAAACCCUGCCGGACGAUGGCGGCGGAGGCCAUGGAAGUCCGCCGGCAGCCGAGGAAGACCACAGGCGGCGUGCUGUGGAUAACCGCGGCAGCAUUCGGCGUCGGCCUCCUCAUCCUAAUCGCGGGGGCGCGCUGCUUCCACGGGCGGCGGAAGCUCGAGGAGUCCGGGCCGUGGAAACUGACGGCGUUCCAGCGGGUGGGGUUCACAGCGGAGAAGGUCGCCGAGUGCGUGAAGUCGGGCGGCGAGGUCAUCGGGAUGGGGUCGGCGGGGACGGUGUACAAGGCGGAGAUGGGCGGCGGCGAGAUCAUCGCCGUGAAGGUGGUGUGGGGGAGGUGCAAGGAUGAUGGAGUUGCGGCGGAGGUGGAGGUGUUGGGGAGCGUGAGGCACCGCAACAUAGUGAGGCUGGUGGGGUGGUGCAGCAAUGAGGAGUGCACGAUGCUGCUGUACGAGUACAUGCCGAAUGGGAGCCUGGACGAUCUGCUGCAUGGGAAGGGGAAGGGGAAUUUGGUGGGGGAUUGGAUCAGCCGAUACAAGAUCGCGGUGGGCGUGGCGCAGGGCAUGUGCUAUCUGCACCACGACUGCGAUCCGCUCAUAGUGCACCGCGAUUUGAAGCCCAGCAACAUACUCUUGGAUGCGCACAUGGAGCCGCGCCUCGCCGAUUUCGGCCUCGCCAAGCUCCUUCGCGCCGAUGCCAUGUCCGUUGUUGCUGGCUCCUAUGGCUACAUUGCCCCAGAAUAUGCGUACACAUUACAGGUGGACGAGAAGAGUGAUAUAUAUAGCUACGGAGUGGUGGUGUUGGAGAUAGUGACGGGAAGAAGAUCGGUGGAGUCGGAAUUUGGCGAGGGUAACAGCAUCGUGGAUUGGGUGAAAUCGAAAAUGAAGACGAAAAAUGGUUUGUUUCAAGUGUUGGGAGCGUCGGUGAGGGAGGAGGCGAUGCUGCUCCUUAGGGUUGCGCUGCUCUGCACCAGCCGGAAUCCGGCUGACCGUCCCUCCAUGAGAGAUGUGGUGUCGAUGUUGCUUCAAGCCCACCCCAUCGCCAACCCUAAAAACCCACCUAUAGAAUGUUGAUAGUAUUUUAGUUUUCAAUUUGGAUGUUUCAUUUUUUUUUUUUUUUUUUUUUGGGUUCAGUUGAUGAGGUAUAUUUUGUUUUUGAUCGCUUUUCUAUCAUGAUUGUGGGGAUUGGUAUACAAAGUUAUUUUGGUGCCUUUACUACUA